UUUGAAGAAGUUUUAUUUUCUUGACUCUUCCCACUUUGAAAUAAGGAAACCAGACUUUCUCGUUCUGCCGGAGUCUGGGGUGUAUUCUUUAGUCGGAUUCUGUUGCAAAACGUUUCGUUUGGAGUUAUUGGACAAAUUCAAGUAGUUCCCUCCCAAUGCACGACCUGUGCGUUGGCAUCACCCUGUGUGGUCAUCGGCAUCCUGCUGUAUGGCAGCCCUGCCCAGAAAGAGAAGUAUCUGCCCAAACUAGCCACAGGUAAGAGCCAGCCAAAGAUCCUAUAGGUCUGGACAGUAAUUAGUUAAAAGAAAAUGUUUGCAUUGAUGCAUUGUGUCUUCUAACUACAAGAAUAGGAUCCAAAGUGUUAGGAAAUAUUUGUUCCCAUAAAUACAAUGGAGGGUGUCUCCUCAUACCUCUGGCACUUUAGUCAGACUGCCAGACUGUGCACCACAGAGACAAUCAGGCGAGAAUACAUACAGGUUAACGGUGCCAAUUGAAAGUCAAGGGGUGUGUCUGUGCCUUUUGGAUGACUCUCUCUUUACAGAGAACCCCUGUGGAUCAAGUCCAGAGCUACCCUUCCUCUUUGUCUGCUCUGCACAUGUCUGAACGUGACAGCCAACAGCCAAGAGUUUUUCACAGUAUGUCAUAAAAAAAUAUUACAUUCAUGAAUGUAGGUAAAAUGCUAAUAUGUAUUAGAUCCAGUACAAUGGAAUAACUAAGACCUGAAUUUGAAUGCAGCGUGUUCCGAUUCCUCCUUCUCUCUGUCCAGCAGGGUCAACCAAAAACACUGGGCCUGAUUGUUCAUGCAGAUAUUGGGGAAGCAAUAUAGAAAUGUAUUGAUCCCUUAAAUGAUAUUACUAUUAAAUGACCCAUAUCACAACCCUCAUACCUCUUCACAAAAAUGUACCUAAAUCAAUUUUGGAAAAAUUAUUUUACCCCGAAAUGUAUUUUCCCAGUUAGAAAUAGUAGGCCAUGCAUCAAAUAACUAUUUUCAUCAGAAAAACGAACCCUCAAAUGCAAUAUUGCAUUUUGUAAGUUGUCUGCAGGUGGCUUGUUGUGAAUGCACUCAAAUGUCAAGUCAUUAUCAGGUUAUGUAAGCUGCAUUCUAAUACUCAACGUAGAAGGAUUUGUCUUAAUGUACAGUAUAUGAAAGUGAUGCUAUGAAAAGGAUUCUUUCCCGUUAUCAAGCUCACUCUAACAAAUCACUGCCUAUUACUGUAUUUACAAAGAGCAUAUGAAACAUUGUUUUUCAUGAGGCCUACCUGUGCGCCUUCCUUUAAGCACCUCUGUUACAUCACCUCUCCUGUCCUUGAUCCAUACCACAUACAGACAUUUGCGGAUCUUUGCAGUGUCCAUGUGAAAGAUAGUUAUUGCAAGGCUGGAACAUUUAACUUAAUAAAAAAAUUUUUUUUUACCACUCACGUGAAAUGAAGGCCUGCAAAGUUUACAGAUUUAAGUCUAAUAGCAUGAUACGAAAGUAGACACAUCAGAGUGUGCGAUAUGAAGGUAUAGUCAGUGGACAUUCUGAACCUUGUUUGAGGUCAGUAGGUCACAUGACCAAGUAGCUAUUGAAAUUUUACAUUUGGAAAAAUUCAUGUAAAAUCUUGUGAGAUGAAAAUGGACAAAUUAAAGGGUGUGAAAUAUAGAAGGGUAGUCAGUGGACAUUCUGGACCUUGUUUGAGUCAAGUAGGUCACAUGACCAAGGAGCUAUUGAAAUUUGAAUGUACAAAAAGUUUGUACUUUGUUUACGCUCCCUAACUAAUUCAACUAGGAAUACAAAAAGCUGCUCACAUUUCCACAUGUUUAUUAGCUUUGGAAGUGAAUUAAUGUCCAAAUUGUGAAAAUAGACCUGUACAAUUUUUCAAACAUAAUGACACUUAUUUGGAGCCUGUGGCUCAAGUGGUUUGAAAGCUAUUGACAUUUGAAAGCGCGAAUAUCUGUUGAAUCUCCAACUUGAAACCUUCUUUACCUUGGUGUGAAAAAUACAAUAGUCGACUGCAGUUCCUGCACUUUUAUGGCAGUUUCAAAACUGCAAUCUUUUUUUGUAAGGGCAUUAAGGAUUCCAUCUUUAAAAGUCAGUUAAGAACUUGCCUGUAAGUAGCCACCUCGCUGUUAAGGGAGUGUUAGUGUUGGUGUGGCAACCAGCUGGUUUUCUGAAAACAAGAUAAUGAAUUGAGACUAAUCUGCCUGAAUCCUGCUUUGGCAAGAAUCAACACGUCUGGUUGCAUGCAUACCCACACACACCCACACACACACACACACACACACUGCCCUGCCCUAUUCUCAGCAGUAUGUAUAUUCAUCACUUUUCAGGUAGACAAGAUUACCAGCAGUACUCCGGAUCGUUUGAUAACCCCUGUGAUCGAGACAUCAAUCACUAUCCUUUGACCAAUCAGAUCAGAGGCAGUUGCAUUGUUCUCUCAGUUUGGGAGACCACUGCUUGACAAUUCUGAGAUCCUUACCUUUGGAAUCCCGUACAGGACAACAUGAUUUUGAAACAUUUGAAAUGUAUCUUGGUUCUACAAUACUUUAUUCAUUUCGUCGCAACAGAGAUUGCAGCUGAGAAAGCUCUCCCUGAGCCGCUCAACCUGUCAUUGACGUGGGAGUCUGAAUUCCGUAUAAAGCUGUCGUGGAACGCACCAAAGAAUUUAGAUGCAUCAUGCAAGGUGAACUACAUGAUCACUACAACGAUCGGAGAGAGGAGACCCAAAGUAGAGACAACUUUCAAGUUGUAUAAAGAGUAUAGACUCUCUACAGAAGAUGCAGUGAAUUACACAGUGCAAACAAACCCCAAACACUGUACAGGCAGAACCAUAAGCAAACCUGUCAGCAAAUCCAUCACUAAACCCACAGAGUUGGUGAAGAACUUCCAGUGUUCCCUCUACUCCUCUAAGGCCAUGAACUGCAGCUGGCUCCCACUCAAUCAGGCCUCAGACCUCCAGCUCUACUAUGGGUACCUUGGUCCCUCCCACAUAGCAGCAUGCAGUGAGUACCAGUACAGAGAUGGUCAGAGGACAGGAUGUCACCUGAGAGGAUCCUUCCUUCAAUAUGACGUCUACUUCAAGGUCAAUGGGACUCUCGAUGGCUUAUCUGUACGGAAUAACUUCCUGGUGAUUCCUAGAUAUCAUGUCAAGCCCCCGGCCCCUAAGGUGAAGAUCACAGAGGAAGGUAGGAAUCUCAUCCUGAGCUGGGACCCUCCGGACAUAGGCGCUGACCACUGCUGGAAUUACAUCUUAAAAUACAACAAGUGUCAAGAGUCUCUGGGUAAGGAAAUGCAAUUGGAACAUGUACCAGUGAAGGUUUCAUAUGACCAGAGAUGCCAGUACAGAGUCAAGCUUAAAGCAGUCUAUACGAAAUGGUGUGGGGAGGGAGGCAGCGACUGGAGCGAAGAGGAAAUCUAUGGCACAGAAAUACGUUUUUCCCCAAGAUUCCCCCAAGGACCCUAACUGCACUGCUUAACUUCUUCUGGCUGCAAGCCCGACGUCGGUACACUUAUGACAACAGCCAGCUCAAGUGCAGGGCGCGAAAUUAAAAAUAUAUAUUUUUUUAAUAUUUAACUUUCACACAUUAACAAGUCCAAUACAGCAAAUGAAAGGUACACAUCUUGUGAAUCCAGCCAACAUGUCCGAUUUUUAAAAUGUUUUACAGCGAAAACAGCACGUAUAUUUAUGUUAGCUCACCACCAAAUACAAAAAAAGGACAGACAUUUGUCACAGCACAGGUAGCAUGCACAAAGCCAACCUAACUAACCAAGAACCAACCAAACUAACCAACAAACAACUUCAUCAGAUGACAGUCUUAUAACAUGUUAUACAAUAAAUCUAUGUUUUGUUCGAAAAAUUUGCAUAUUUCAGGUAUAAAUCAUAGUUUACAUUGCAGCUACAAUCAGAAAUUGCACCGAAAGCAGCCAUAAUAAUUACAGACACCAAGGUCAAAUACCUAAUUACUCAUCAUAAAACAUUUCUGAAAAAUACAUAGUGUACAGCAUAUGAAAGACAGGCAUCUUGUGAUUCCAGCCAAUAUUUCCGAUUUAUUAUAUUUCCGUUUUACAGCGAAAACACAAUAUAGCGUUAUAUUACCUUACCACAAUAGCCAGAAACACAAGCCAUUUCCCAGUAGCAAAGGUUAGCGAUCGUAACAAACCAGUAAAAUAUAUAUAAUUUUUGACUAACCUUGAUAUUUUUCAUCAGAUGACAGUCCUAUAACAUCAGGUUAUACAUACAGUUAUGUUUUGUUUGAAAAUUUGCAUAUUUAGAGCUGAAAUCAGUGGUUAUACAUUGUGCUAUCGUAGCUACUUUUUCCGUCCGGAUAUUUUUCUGACACUUUUUCUGACACACAUAUUCUGACCAAAUAGCUAUUCAUAAACAUAACUAAAAAAAUACAUGUUGUAUAGGAAAUGAUAGAUCCAUUAGUUCUUAAUGAAAUCGCCGUGUUAGAAUUCUAAAAAUAACUUCAUUACGACAUCCAGCUUCGGUAUAGCUAGAGUACCCAAAAGCUGGGCGCCGACAGCUAGUUCACAUGUACGACAGAUAUAUGAAAUAGCAUCAUAAAAUGUUUCUUACUUUUGCUGAUCUUUCAUCAGAAUGUUGGACAAGGGGUCCUUUGUCGGGAACAAUCGUUGUUUGGAUUUAGAACGGCCUCUUUCCCUCUCGAUUUAGCAAGCACACUAGCCAAGUGGCACGAAUCUCUCCAUCGUCAACAAACUCAGAGAACGGAACACGGCAAAACUCUGAUUAAACUAUAUUGAAAAAAAAAACUUUACGAUGAUAUGGUCACAUGUAUCAAAUAAAAUCAAAGCCGGAGAUAUUAGUCGUCCAUAACGGCAGCUAAACAGAAGGCAAAUCCAGGUGCCUCCUCGCGCUCUCCAGAAAACAGGAAAUGGGUGACACGUCAUACAAAGAGCUUGUAUUCCACUUCAGACCAAGAUAAACACUCAAUUUCUUCUCUCACCGCCUCUUGACAUCCAGGGGAAGGUCUAUGAAGUGCAUGUAUACUAAUACGUAUCAUGCCCAUUUAUAGGCAGGAAGUAGAACAGAGCCUAGAUUUCAGACUUUCCACUUCCUGGUCAGGAAGUUUGUGCCAAAUGAGUUCUGUUUCACUCACAGAUAUAAUUCAAAUGGUUUUAGAAACUAGAGAGUGUGUUCUAUCCAAUAGUAAUAAUAAUAUGCAUAUUGUACGAGCAAGAAUUGAGUACGAGGCCGUUUGAAAUGGGCACCUUUUAUCUGGCUACUCAAUACUGCCCCUGCAGCCCAAACAGGUUAAGAGUGUCUGGAGUGGGAGCGCCGCAAUCGAUCAUAGAUCAGCACUCCAACUCUGAAAGCACUCGUGACUGCAACUUUUCCUCUCUCUUAUACCUCUCUCUUUCCUUUCUUCUGUACUGCUCAAGCGGCUCUGGAUUUCUGUGCUUCUCCACCCUAGCUUUUGAUGCAGCCUUCUUUCUUUUCUUAUCUGCCAGGAUGUUUAUCUGCCAAAAUAACAAGAAGUUUAGAUGAAUCAGAUUGUUCUAGAUUAUUGCACAUCCCCUAAAGGAGCAUUACACUCAAAAAUGUCAAGUUUGGCACAUGUUUGCACACCUCAAAAGUAGACUUAAAGGGAUAGAUCACCCAAAUUACAAAAGUACAUUGGAUUCCUUACCCUGUAAGCAGUCAAUGGACAAGGCAAGACACCAAUCCAUGCGUUGGUUUAUGGCACAAAACCACUGCAAGUGGAUAUCCCCGAUUUAUAAGCAUUUUCACAUUCCAUGUCCAAAUCAUCCCAGUGACAAAAAUGGAUUGUAUUGCUCAAGAAAGUUAGUUUAAGAUGAUUUGGACAUGAAAUGUGAAAUAUGCUAAUAUCACAGAUAUUCAGUUAAAUUGGUUUUGUGCUGUUAAAUGUUAAAAAGAUGGAGACAGUGACCAGGUAAACAAAACCCAAGCAUGGAUUGCUGUCGUCUCUUGUUCAUGGACUGCUUACAGGGUAAGGAAGCAAGCAGCAUACUACCCUGUACCCCACUGCUGGCUUGCCUCUGAAGCUAAGCAGGGUUGGUUCUGGUCGGUCUCUGGAGACCAGAUGCUGUUGGAAGUGGUGCCAGAGGGCCAGUAGGAUGCACUCUUUCCUCUUGUCUAAAAAAAUAUAUAUAUCCCAAUGCCCCGGGGCAGUGAUUGGGGACAUUGCCUUGUGCUGUCUUUCAGAUGGGAUGUUAAACGGGUGUCCUGACUCUCUGUGUUCACUAAAGAUCCCAUGGCACUUAUCGUAAGAGAAGGGGUGUUAACCCUGGUGUUCUGACUAAAUACCCAAUCUGGCAACCUAAUCAUCCCCUGCUUCCAAUUGGCUCAUUCACCCCCCCCCCCCCCCCCCCUCUCCCCUGUAAUUAUUCCCCAGGUCAUUGCUAUAAAUGAGAAUGACUUCUCAGUCAAUUUAACUGGUAAAAUAAGGGUUAAAUCAAAUUAACACCAAUUACAUAUUGGUUUAUUUAACUAUCCAUUUAAAUCCACAUCCCAGGCCAUUUAUUGUGUAGAUACACCUAUAUGCAAAACCCCCAAAAUGAAUGAAAAAGCUAAGCACCAAAUAAGACCUGGAAAUGAUAUGUUGAUCUUUUCCUGUUGGUGUUGAGGCAUAAAGCUGGCGUGGGGUUUGUAUUCAUCUUGUGAAAAGGAGAAAACAUUUUUGUUUAUAAUUAUAAGAAUGUCUGGGUUUAUGUGUAUGUGUCUCAGUCCGCAUUGGUCCUUGAGGGGUUGUCUUAUCUGUUUUUAAAACUGAUUUUGAUUGCCUAAGUUACCUGAGGUGGAAGAUAAUUCCAUGUAGUCAUUACUCUAUACAGUGCUGUGUGUCUCCCAGCCUCUGUUCUGGACUUGGGGACUGUGACGAGACCCCCUAGUCAUAUGUAUUGUGGGGUAGGUAUAGGUUUUAAGCUGUGUGUGAACUGGCCAAACAGACAAUUUGGUACUUUCAGCACAUCAAUACAUCUUACAAAGACCAUCAGGGAUGCAGCCAAUCUCUCCUUCAUUGUGAACCAGGAGAUGCUGAUGUUAUUGACUGACAUUUGAGGGCCAGACGUGCUGCUCUGUUCUGGGCCAGCUGCAGCUUUUCUAGGCCCUUUUUUGUCGCACCUGACCGUACAACUGGGCAAUAGUCAAGAUGCGACAAAACCAGAGCUUGCAGGACUUGUUUGGUUGCAUGUGAUGUUAUAAAAGCAGAGCAUCUCUUUAUCCCAGACAAACCUCUCCCAUCUUUAGAACAAUAGAAUCAAUAUGCUUUGACCAUGGCAGACUACAAUCUAAUAGAACACCAAUAAGUUUAGUCUUCAGUGGAAAAGAUAAACACCACAAGUCUGGAAAUGAUUUUUCAUUAAUUUUGAAUUGUUUGCAUUGUUAUAAAUAAAUAAAUUCAUUAAAAAUUCUACAA